AUGGCUGCGCCUCAGCUGCUCUCUGCGAUGCUGGUGGCAGUUCUUGGCCUGUCCCAGGUAUCAGCUGUGGAGGUGCACACACCAGCAGAACUCACUGUGAAAAAUGGGACUGAGGCAAAGCUCCAGUGCACGUUUACAUCAUCAGAGGUGAUCAGCAGUACAGCUUCUGUGACCUGGAGCUUCCAAGCAGAAGGAUCACUUUCUAUGGUGUCGUUCUUCUAUUAUUCUAAUGGGAAGGCAUAUCCUGCGAAGGAUAUACCAUUUAAAGGCAGAAUCAGCUGGACAGGAGACUUGUACAAGAAAGAUGCAUCUAUCAGUAUAGCAAACAUGCAGUUUCAGGACAAAGGCAUUUAUAUCUGUGAUGUCAAGAACCCUCCAGACAUUUUGGUCACACAAGGAGAAAUCAGGCUCAGAGUGGUGGAGAGAGGUUGUAACAAUUCCACUCGAAACAUCAUCUGCAUAGCUAUAGGAGGUGUGAUUCUCCUAUUGCUCGCAUUUGUUGUGAUUACAGAUCAUCUCUUCUGGAAGGAACAAAGGUGCAAGAUGCCGAAACCUCUGGCAAACAUGGAAAACAAGCAAGGGUUUCCUAGUGAGCGCUCCAGGACAACACUAUUAUUGUAUCAAAAUGUAGGUUUGUGA